AUGGGACAAUCACAAUCGGCCUCAAGGUAGGUAGUUUUUUUUAACUUUUAAUAUUUAAGAAUUGUAUUUCAGCCUAGAAGAGAAGAGAAGAUAUGAGAUCAUAAAAUCAGAUUUCCUGAGUUUGGAAGUAGAUGAUGACAAGGAUGGAAAAGAAUGCACAAUUUCAAUUUCACCUGAAAAAAUGGAUGAAAUUGGAAUUCUCCAAGGCGAUCAUGUUGUGCUGAAAGGCAGAAAGAAUACAAAAACAUGUGCAAUUGUUUCGUCAUCUCAAAAUCUUUCGAAUAAUACGAAGAUUCAAAUGAAUCGAGUUAUUCGAAAUAAUUUGCGAGUUAGAGUUGGUGAUUUUGUGCAAAUUGCAGCUUGUGAAUUGGAAAUUGCGGAAACUAUUCGAAUUGCACCAAUUGAUGAUACGAUUGAUGGAUUUGAAGGGUGAGAACAACUAUUUUGAAAUAAGCAGCGCAGAGAAAAUAAUUUCAGUGACUUCUACGAAUCAUUCAUCAAACCUUACUUCCUCGAAAACUCUUAUCCAAUCUAUGAAAACGAUAUUUUCACAACGAGAGGAUUUGUUAGAAGGGUGGAAUUCAAAGUAAUUGCAAUAAAUCCUGGUCCAGCCGCAAUUGUAACAUCAGAAACAAAUAUUCGAAUCGAUACUGAACCAAUUAGAAGAAAAGAUGUUGAUGAAGAGAAAAAUCGAAUCGGAUAUGAAGAUAUUGGUGGAUAUAACGAAGAAAUCAACAAAAUUCGACAAAUCAUUGAAAAUCCUCAAAUUUUUGAUGAAAUUGGUGUCAAACUACCAAGAGGAAUAUUAUUAUAUGGACCACCGGGAACUGGAAAAACAAGAAUUGUAAAAGCAAUUCAAACUGAAAUUGAUCCGAAAAUCUGUUUUCGAACUUUGAAUGCACCAGAAAUUAUGUCGAAAAUGUGUGGAGAAUCGGAAUUGAAUUUGAGAAAAAUUUUUGAGGAAUGUGAAGAGAAGAGUGAUGGAGCUAUUCUAUUUAUUGAUGAAAUUGAUGCAAUUGCUCAGAUUAGAGAAAUAUAUGGAGGAGAUGUUGAGAGAAGAGUUGUAUCACAAUUAUCAACAUUAUUGGAUGAAGUUAAAGGUGAGGAUCGUUAUAAGGCUUCUAGAGCCUAAUUCAAGUCUAAUCCUUUUCAAAAAGUGUUUUCAGAUACUUUGGUGAUUGGUGCAACAAAUCGUAUUGAUUCAAUUGAUAAAUCACUUCGCAGAUUCGGAAGAUUUGAUCAAGAAAUCGAAUUUGGACUUCCAAAUGAGAUCGGAAGAUUAGAGAUUUUGAAAAUCCACACAAGAAAUAUGAAAUUGGCCGAAGAUGUUGAUUUAGAGAAGAUCGCACAAGAAACUGAAGGACUUGUUGGAGCAGAUUUGGCAAAAAUCUGCUCAGAUGCUGCUCUUCAACAAAUCCGUGAGAAACUGAAAUUGAUCGAUUUGGAAGAUGACUAUAUUGAUCGCGAAGUUUUGUUUUCUCUGACAGUUACCAUGCAGAAUUUCCGAUGUGCGAUGGGGAAAUCAGCAGAAUCUUCAUUGGGAGAAGAAGGGCCGCUAAAAAUCUUCAAGAAUGAGGUAAAACCAAAUCGAUUGAUUGUUGAAGAUUUGAACAUCGAUGAUAAUUCAAUAAUUCGUUUGUCGCAAGGAAAAAUGGACGAGUUGGAUUUGUUCAGAGGAGAUAUCGUUUAUUUGAAGGUAUUUUUUAAGAAUUUUGAAGGGGUUCUUUAUGAGAAAUCAAGCACAUAAUCUUAUAGGGUAAAAAAGGCAAGGAGACAACUGCUAUGGUUUUGUCGGAUGAUGAAGGAUGCAACAAUGAGAAGAUCAAGAUGAAUCGCGUGAUUCGCAAUAAUUUGCGUGCUGAUCUUGGCGAUGUUGUGAAAAUCACACCGGCUCCACAAUUGCAAUAUGGAAAAAGAAUUUAUGUUUUACCAAUUGAUGAUACCGUUGAAGGAUUCACUGGGUAAGAAAUUUUCGAGUUAUCGAAAAUCAAUCGUCUGAUUUACAGAGAUCUGUUUGAUGUUUUCCUUAAGCCAUACUUCCUCGAAAAGUAUAAUCCAAUUCACAAAGGUGAUAUAUUUACUGUUAGCGCCGCCAUGCGAACUGUGGAAUUCAAAGUUAUCGAAACUGAUCCUUCUCCAGCAUGCAUUGUUGCACCUGACACACUCAUUUUUUAUGAAGGAACACCAAUUAAACGAAAAACCAUCGAAGAAAACUUGAACGAUGUUGGAUAUGAUGAUAUUGGAGGAGUAGGUAAACAACUUGCACAAAUUCAAGAAAUCGUCGAAUUGCCUAUAAGACAUCCACAACUAUUCAAAGUAAUCGGUGUCAAACCAACAAGAGGAAUAUUAUUAUAUGGACCACCGGGAACUGGAAAAACAAGAAUUGCAAAAGCAAUUCAAACUGAAAUUGAUCCGAAAAUCUAUUUUCGAAAUUUGAAUGCACCAGAAAUUAUGUCGAAAAUGUGUGGAGAAUCAGAAUUGAAUUUGAGAAAAGUUUUUGAGGAAUGUGAAGAGAAGAGUGAUGGAGCUAUUCUAUUUAUCGAUGAAAUUGAUGCGAUUUCUCAGAUUAGAGAAAAAGACUUAUGGAGAUGCUGAGAGGAGAGUUGUAUCACAAUUAUCAACAUUGUUGGAUGAAGUUAAAGGUAAGGAUCCUCAUAAGGCUUCUAGAGCCUAAUUCAAGCCUAAGCCUUUUCGAAAAAUGUUUUCAGAAACUCUAGUGAUUGGUGCAACAAAUCGUAUUGAUUCAAUUGAUAAAUCACUUCGCAGAUUCGGAAGAUUUGAUCAAGAAAUCGAAUUUGGAAUUCCAAAUGAGAUCGGAAGAUUGGAAAUUUUGAAAAUUCACACAAAAAAUAUGAAAUUGGCUGAAGAUGUUGAUUUAGAGAAGAUUGCACAAGAAACUGAAGGACUUGUUGGAGCAGAUUUGGCAAAAAUAUGCUCAGAUGCUGCUCUUCAACAAAUCCUCAAGAAAAAUGCGGAACAUGCUGUAACAAUGGCCAAUUUUCGAAAUGCUAUAAAUAAUCGUUAA